UUAGUUUGUCAUACAAAUAUCAGAUAGACAUGACCAAGCCGUGCACUCUUUCAAGGUCCGAACAGCAACUAGGGUUAGUCGAUCUUCUGCUUUUACCUUUCGCGUUUCUCGAGUUCGAAUAUGCCUCGUUACGAUGAUCGACACGGCAAUACGCGUCUCUAUGUGGGUCGCCUAUCCUCGCGGACGCGUUCACGGGAUCUGGAGAGGCUUUUUAGCAGAUAUGGGAGAGUACGAGAUGUGGAUAUGAAGCGUGAUUAUGCCUUUGUUGAAUUUAGUGAUCCUCGGGAUGCGGAUGAUGCAAGAUACAGCUUAGAUGGUCGUGACUUUGAUGGGAGCCGUAUCAUUGUUGAAUUUGCUAAGGGGGUACCUCGUGGUUCCCGAGAAUAUUUGGGCAGAGGUCCUCCUCCAGGUUCUGGACGCUGCUUUAAUUGUGGCAUUGAUGGCCAUUGGGCUCGAGACUGCAAAGCUGGGGACUGGAAGAACAAGUGUUAUCGCUGUGGUGAAAGAGGUCAUAUCGAGAGAAACUGCAAGAACAGUCCCAAGAAAUUGAAACGUGAACAUAGUUAUUCUCAAUCUCCUGAUAGAUCUCUAUCUCCUCGCCGUCGCAGCAGGAGUUACAGCCGAGGCCGCAGUUACAGCCGUUCGAGAUCCCCACCAGCAAAAAGGGAACGAAGCCUCGAGCGUGAGGAUAGAUCAUUGAGCCCCAUGCCAAGGAACAGUCCCCCACCCUUAAAGCGGAGGCAUCGCAGCGAAACUCCUGAUGAAGGCAGUCCGCAUGGUUCUCCAAUGAACAGGAAACUAGAUAGCCAUGAAGAGGGGUCAGAUUAUGGCAAUAGCCCCGCGGGAAAAAGCCCUGAAAGAGUGAGCCCUGUUGAUCGGGGCCAUCAAAGUCCUUCUGAAGCCAAUGGUCGUAGCCGAAGUCUGAGUCCUAAAGAUGACAGGAGCCCAAUUGAUGAUUCUGAUUACAACCACCGUUCUCUGAGGCGCAGCGAGUCGCCCUAAAACCGGUCUCUAAUUGCGGCUCUUACUGUACUGCAAGAAGUUGUUUUGCAGACCUUUGAUUUCUCGUGUUUCUUAUCGUUUGGAUGUUUUAAAUUUGCUUGUUCUGGGUGGAACUCGGUACUUUUGAUUGUUAUGGUUUGUCAUUGGACUAGAAUUACGACGUUAAUUAAAUUUUAUUAUUUUGGCAUGUCGGCAAUGCUUUUCCUGUU